UGACUGGAGGAGGAGGAGACUUUCCCUUUCUUCUUUGCGGACUGACUGCAGGCGAGGGAGGAUCGACAGCCAGCCAGUCCUUUUGCUUUUCCACCCCUCCCCUCGCUCCCAGAAGGCGGGAGAAGCAGCCCUUCGCUUCUCUUUCAGUGGUGCUAGCCGCGUGGAUGGGCGGGCGCAGGAGGCGGGCGUGGACUGGGACAACAGUAAUAGCCCCAAGCAAGAUCCGCAGCGGCGGAGCUGCUGUUGAGGAGGGUCGCACUGGGCAGUUUUGCAAUGCUCUCGGGAUGCGAUUAAUGAAUGAUUACGGCAAGAUCCCUGGACGCCGUCUCGUCCAACGGCCCGUUUCACUGGCUUCGAGCCGGGUGUUGCCGCAGGAAAGAAAAAGCACCCUCGCAGCCUAAGCUAGCAUGUUUACUCAGAAGUGAGCCCUACCGUCCGAGUUCAGUGUGACUUACUCCAAAGUAAAUGUGCACAGGAUUGCAAUCUUCUCAAUCCAAGGGUUGCAGCCUCCUCAGCGGUUCUCCUGGGGGUCUCCCUUGUGCCUUAAAAGGCCGCCAGGCCGCCUUGUGGACUGCAAACGUGGAUCUCCUUGCCCCAGCUGCGACUACUUCUGGCCUCAUGGAGAAGCCAAGUGCCGACGAGCCGUUCUCUCACCCCUUGGAACCCGAAGACGAGCCGCAAACUUGCAAGGUGGCGGCGGAGAAGCGCUUCAAACUGUGGUACGUGGGCUGGUCGUGCCUGGACAGGCGCACCACGCUGCCCAUGUUGCCUUGGCUGAUGGCGGAGAUCCGACGACGCAGCCAAAAGCAAGAGCCCAGCGCUGUGCCUGCACGAGAAGUGCUGCUGCUGCUGGGCUCGCCCAACCUGCGCUGCGUCCCGACCACCAGCCCAGCCGCUGCUGGCAGUGCGGCCAACCCGGCCGUGUUCAUCUUUGAGCACAAAGCGCAGCACAUCUCCCGCUUCAUCCACAACAGCCACGACCUCACUUACUUCGCCUAUCUGAUCAAGGCGCAGCCCGAUAACCCUGAGUCCCAGAUGGCCUGCCACGUCUUCAAGGCCACCGACCCCAACCAGGUUCCAGAUGUUAUCAGCAGUAUAAGGCAAGUUUCCAAAGCAGCCCUAAAAGAGGAUGUCAAACCUAGUAAAGACUGUGAAGAUGCCUUCUACAACUCUCAAAAAUUUGAGAUUCUGUACUGUGGAAAAGUGACGGUGGCUCACAAAAAGGCCCCUUCCACCCUGAUUGAUGACUGCAUUGAGAAGUUCAACCUGCAUGAGCGCCAGCGUCUGAAAUUGUUGAAUGAGCAACGGAAUGCAGAAUCCAGUAUAGACCUCACAGAGUGUGAAGGAGAUGCCCCAUCUUCUCCCUUAGACAGUCCCUUUGAGGAGAUAGAUGGCACAAAUGGUAAUAAUAAUGCUGGGAUGUUUACCAUUGGAAGUCAGACGAACCUGGCCAGUUUGGCGAGCUCUCGUGUCUCUUUCCCUGAGCGGAUUUUGGAGGAUUCUGGUUUUGAUGAACAGCAAGAGUUCCGUUCCCGCUGCAGCAGCGUCACAGGCAUUGUGCAAAGGAAGGUUCAUGAUACUAGUUUAAAAACACAGUCACGAAGACGACAUGCAAGUGCCCCAAGUCAUGUCCAGCCCUCCGACUCUGAGAAAAACAGGACAAUGUUGUUUCAGGUUGGUCGAUUUGAAAUUAACCUCAUCAGUCCAGACACUAAAUCAGUUGUGUUUGAGAAAAACUUUAAAGAUAUCUCCUCAUGUUCUCAGGGCAUAAAACACAUUGAUCACUUUGGCUUUAUUUGUCGGGAAUCUACUGAACCUGGAAUUAAUCAGUAUGUUUGCUAUGUAUUCCAGUGUGCAAGUGAAUCUCUGGUCGAUGAGGUAAUGCUCACUCUGAAGCAAGCUUUUAGCACUGCCGCAGCCCUCCAGAAUGCCAAGACUCAGAUUAAGCUGUGCGAGGCCUGUCCGAUGCACUCAUUACACAAACUCUGUGAAAGGAUUGAAGGUCUUUAUCCACCAAGAGCCAAACUUGUGAUUCAGAGACAUCUGUCAUCACUCAGUGACAAUGAGCAAGCUGACAUCUUUGAGCGUGUUCAGAAAAUGAAGCCUAUUAGUGACCAGGAAGAAAAUGAGCUUGUGAUCUUACAUCUGCGACAGUUGUGUGAAACUAAACAAAAGACACAUGUCCACAUUGGAGAAGCACCAGUGCAGAAUGCCUCCAAUAAUGCAAUUCCAGAAAAUUCAGGUAGUGGUGGCAGAUUCAAACUUGACAUUCUGAAAAACAAAGCCAAGAAAUCCUUGACCAGUUCUCUGGAAAACAUCUUUUCAAGGGGAGCGAACAGGAUGCGUGGCCGUCUGGGGAGUAUGGACAGCUUUGAAAGGUGCAACAACCUUGCCUCUGACAAAGACUGUUCCUCUGGGGAAUCUCCUCCCAUAACCCCCCCUGCUUCCCCCAUAUCCUCGGUUUGGCAGCCAUUUCCUGAAGAGGAUUCUGAUUCACCUCAGUUCAGAAGACGUGCGCACACAUUCAGUCAUCCACCUUCCAGCUCAAAGAAAAGGAUUAGCUUCCAAGACGGAAGGUCCCAAAGUGCCAGAUCUCCUCUCUUGAGACAGAACUCUGUGGAGCACAGCAGGCCGACAAAUGCCCGACGUGCUCGUAGUGAGAGUGAAUCAUCUGCACCGUCCAGCCUCCCUUCUUCUUUCUCUGCCCCAUCUUUCCUGAAAAGCUUUUACCAGAGCUCAGGAAAGCCACCACCUCAAUCUGAAACUGAACUCCCCAAGAGUGAUGGGGAAAGAAGAAAAAGGACCUCGUCUGUCUGCAGCAAUGACUCUAUAAAUGCUGGUGGAAUACCUCUUGCUCCCCGCCGAAUCUCCUGGCGGCAACGAAUCUUCCUAAGGGUUGCAUCACCCAUGAAGAAAUCUCCUUCAGCAAUGCAACUUCAAGAUGGGGGUGAUGGAAAUGAACUCUUACCACUAUCUCCUCUUGCGCCAUCUUUGGAGGAAGACCCACUUGUUUCCCUAUUGCAAAAUGAAGAUGCCCAGGAUAAGACCGGAGAGAAGAAGAACUCGGAAGAGUUGCAGAGUCUGUGGAGAAAAGCCAUCCAUCAACAAAUAUUGUUACUUCGAAUGGAAAAAGAAAACCAGAAAUUGGAAGCAAGCAGAGAUGAACUUCAGUCCAGAAAGGCUAAAUUGGACUACGAGGAAGUUGGUACUUGUCAGAAAGAUGUUAUCAGUGUCUGGGAUAAGAAACUCUUAAAUUGCAGAGCCAAAAUCAGAUGCGACAUGGAAGAUAUUCAUGCCACUAUGAAAGAUGGUGUACCAAAAAGUCGCCGGGGAGAAAUCUGGCAGUUCCUUGCUGUGCAGCAUCGUGUAAGACAUCGACUGCCAAAUAAACAGCAACCCCCGGACAUCUCUUACAAAGAACUCCUGAAGCAGCUGACAGCACAACAGCAUGCUAUUCUUGUAGAUCUAGGAAGGACCUUUCCAACACAUCCUUACUUUUCUGCUCAGCUAGGGGCAGGGCAGCUGUCCCUCUUCAAUCUUCUGAAAGCUUAUUCCUUGCUGGACAAGGAGGUGGGCUAUUGCCAGGGGAUCAGCUUUGUGGCUGGGGUGCUGCUUCUCCACAUGAGUGAAGAGCAAGCCUUUGAAAUGCUGAAGUUUCUCAUGUAUGACCUUGGCUUCCGAAAACAAUACAGGCCUGACAUGAUGUCGCUACAGAUUCAGAUGUACCAGCUGUCAAGGCUUCUCCAUGACUAUCACAGAGACCUCUAUAACCAUCUAGAAGAAAAUGAAAUCAGCCCUAGCCUUUAUGCUGCACCCUGGUUUCUUACAUUAUUUGCCUCACAGUUUCCAUUGGGAUUUGUAGCCAGGGUGUUUGACAUUAUUUUUCUUCAGGGAACAGAAGUCAUAUUUAAAGUAGCACUAAGUCUGCUGAGCAGCCAAGAGGAAUGCAUCAUAAUGUGUGAGACUUUUGAGAAUAUUGUUGAAUUUCUUAAAAACACUCUCCCAGACAUGACAAAGCCUCAGAUGGAGAAGAUUAUGACACAAGUAUUUGAGAUGGAUAUUUCCAAACAGCUUCAUGCAUAUGAGGUGGAGUAUCAUGUUCUACAGGAUGAGCUACAAGAAAAUUCAAAUCUCUGUGAUAAUGGUGAGGCUCCUGAGAAACUUGAAAAGGCAAAUAGUCAGCUGAAGCGACAGAAUAUGGACCUCCUGGAGAAACUGCAGGCAGCGCAUGCUAAAAUCCAGAGUGUGGAAUCCAACUUGGAAGAUGCCUUGGCAAGAGAGAACAAAAUGAAGAGCGUAAUCCAGUCACUGGAACAAGAGAAGGCACUCUAUCAAAAGACUAUUGAGAAAAUGUGCAAAUACUUGCCAACAGAAGCAUUGUCCGACUGCGAGCAGCUGCUAAAGGAAGCAAACUGUAACCCAAGUAAAUUCUAAAAAGCCAUAAGUAAAGAGUUGCAGGCAACAUGGUUCUGACAAUAAAGAAAAAGGAAGAUGAACAGGCUGCUGUAAAAUGUAUCUGCAUCACCUCACACGGGUACUGGGAUUCUUAUAGCAGCAGAGAGGCCUUUUAAAUCUUGAUAUGCAAAUCCCAGGUUAAAUAUUUUUAGUAAUGUCUGUACAUAAAUUGCAAUGCAAAAAAAGCUGAAUCUAAUGAAGACAAUUAGUUGUAUAUUUAGGAUUGAAAAAGGAAAUUUCAUUUGUUGAGACCAGUGAUGACUUAAAGUCAACCUCAAAAUGUUCUAUUGAUCUGUAUUGAAAGGAAAAUGUUGUCUAUUUCUAUACAUUGAUUAAUACUUGAAAAGAAAAACAGAAUGUAACUUUUCCCCCUCCAAAGAACAGCAUGUUUCCCAUUCAGUGGGGGAUUUCUUUGUGUUUUGUGUAAGGUCCCCCCCCACCCCACCCCAGUAACUUUUUUGUGGGGAAAUCUCCAUACGCUCUCACGUGCCUGUAAUGAAAUCUACUGACAACUGCGUAUGUGCAACAGCAUUUUUGACCUGCUGUCAUUCUCCGACUCAACUAUUGAGGAGAGUUAAAAGGGCCAAGUUGAUUUCAUGUGCAUGUCAAAAAGUGGCCCAGGCCUUAUUUCCCCAACUAUGCCUCAAGAAGUUGGAAAGUGAAAACUAGAAGCAGUUCUUCUCUCUCCUCUUACCUGUGCAAUGUUGUGUUGAAACAGACUACCAGAAACCCCAUGUGGUUUAUCUAGCUUGGCUAUAUCAUUUCAGACCACAGGUGGUGUAUCAAAUGUUCUUCCACACAAAAUACUUCCUGCACAUGUUGAAGAGAAGGUUCUAGAAUAGCCUUUCCUCUGACAUGAUAAUUUAUGUAUGUGUAGGCAUUAUUUUAUGCAGGGGAGCAUUUGGUCACUUCAUUGCAUACCUGCAGUCUAACAUGAUAUGGUCCAUUAACAGAUGCAUUGCAUGCUUCUGCUAUUCUGUAUUUUUAGCACUAAAGGAACAUAAGAGAUGGGAAUGGCAUGUCCUGAAGUUUAAUAUAUGGUGGUUAUGGGGUUUCAAAGAGCCAAAGAAAACUUGUGAGGGUUUCCCUCUUUGUUUAAAGGGCCACCCCUUUGCACUGGGCCAAACCCCAUGCAGCUGUUUUCUUUUAUGGGUCAUGGGCACUGGAUACAUUUUUAAGCAUUAGGGUUUCUUAAAUAUGUAGAAUGUUUUAAUGCAUCAAAGAUGCACUUGCCUCAAUGGAAUAUAUAUAGGCUUUACCUGUGUUAACUCUGCAGAGAGGUGGUUAUCCAGAUCUAGCUAUUGGUACAUUUCUGCUUCAAAUAUCUGUUCUGCAGUACCCUAUUGGAAAAAAAGAAAAACAGAUUCAAAACUAUAGCAGUUUUAACCAAUAAAACUGGUUUCCUCUUUAGGCAGCUUCUGCCUUUUAUAAGCUCUUGCUCUGCUCAGUUUCGAAGAUACAUUGUUUUUUGAGGUAACUUCUGUCAGGUAGACUGGACAUUGAAAUCAAAAUUUGACCUGACUACGCUAUGAAAAUAGCCAGUCAGUCAUAUACAGGAAAUGUGCAUUUUGGAACAUGCUUGAACUAUUAACAUUCAUUGGCAAUUAUUAUUUGUCAUAUUUCUCCAAGUAUUGGUUGUUAAUAAUAAGCAAAGUGCCAAAUUCAGCCAAGUGUCUUACUCAUGCACGUUGUAUGCGUGUGUGGUGGGGGAAGGUUGAGGGAAGGAUGCCGAGGCUUCCUUUGUAGCAUGUGUUAUGCAAGCAACAAGCAAAAUGUAGGGACAACAAGCAUUGUUCUGCUGUUUUAUUGCUGCAUUGUCCCCCCUCCCCCACUUUGUUGUUGGGUGAUAUUAUUAUUGGAGUUAUCAUGGGCACAAUACCAUGUAAAUGAAUAGGAGACCAUUGUAACUUGCAGUAAUCUCAUUUGUGCAAGAGGUUUCUAAUAGAUUGUGCCUGGUGUCCUUUUCUUGCCAUUGCUGCCUCUCACCAAAUUAAUAAACUCACAUGGAUUCUGGUGAAAUUCCAACAAUACUGCAGUUGAUCAGGUGAGAAAAAAUGUAAGUCAUGGCAUUCUGUUUUUUGCAACAUCAUUUGAAGCAAUUUGAGGCAAUCUUGUGCAUACAGAACUGAUUCCAAGGAACUGUCAAGCGGUUGUACUACAGUGAUUGAGUUGUUUAGGCACAUGUUUGAAUAUUUUAUUUUUUGCACAGAAUGUUUCACCCUACAUUGGACUUAAUAUCGACUUGUUCAUUAUCACCUGGAGAAUUUCCAAUAAAUGUCAUUUCACUGCUGCA